GGGGUGGUGUCAGGGUAUGGGAAGGCCUGUUUGAGGAGGUGACAUUACUCGAAUGAUGAGAAGCAGCCAGUCUCCUAGACCAUAGAUUCUAGGUCAGUAGCUUUUCAGGCAGAGGAAAGAGCAAGUGCAAAGUGCCUGAACGAGGGAAUAACUUGGUGUGCCCCGGGGGCUGAAAGGUGGCCAGGGUGGCUGGGGUGUAGUGGGUGAGAAAGAGAGUAUUAAACCAUUCUUGGAGAAGCAUGAGGUGGGGCAGUCCAGGUGGGACAUUAUAAAUCAUGGUAAGGAAUCUGGAUUUCAUUCUAUUUUCAGUAGGAAGUCAUUGGAGAAUUAUAAGCAGGAGAGUGAUAUCAAGUUUACAUUUUAAAAAAAUUACUGCUUUGAUGGUCCUGUGAAGAACUGACUGGGGAGGAGAACUGAGAAUGGAAGCAGGAAAGAUGAGGGAGGACGGAGAGCUGUUGGCCCUUUGGACGCCUUUGUGGAGCAAACUGGAGGAAGCCAGUGGGCUGGAGAGAAUGGAAUUGAAUGGCUCUGUUUGUGGAUGGAGACAAGUUUGCUAGAGGAGGAGGCUCAGCUGUAGGAAAGUUAUGUCAGGAGUUAGAACCUCCCGAACUCACACCACACCGAAUAAAUUCCAGAUGGGGUUGAGGUUGAAAUCUAAAAAACAAAACUGUAAAACACUUGAAAAAUGCAGAAGGCUUUUGGGGGCUGAUACCAGGGGCAGAAACCCUUAACCUUCUCUAACCCAAGUCUUGAUUUUACUUCAUAGCUGGUCAGUACCUGAAAGGAUUAGUUUUUCUCUUUCUUGUUUCCUCAGUAGAAUGUAAAUUUCACGAGUGACUUUGUAUUCACCUCUUUCUCCAGCAUCUCAAAUAGUGCCUGGCACAUAAUAGGCAUGUACUAAAAGUUACUUGAAUUAAAUGAGUGAAGGAAAUAAUUGUACAGGUACAUAAAGAUACAUGUAGAAGGAUUUUUAUUUCAACAUUGUGUGAAAUUAUAAAUCACCUAAUUAUUUAUUAGUAAGGAUUCUAUUGAAUAACUCAGGGUUUAUUACAAUAGAACAAGACCUUCCCAGUAGGUUAAACCCCCUGAUCCCCUGUGCCCAAACUGCUGAGGCACCGCAGCAAACUCACAGGGGCCCAGUGAGAGAUUUUAAAUUUUUAAGAGAAGCACGGAAGCACAGCUGCGUUUGCCUGAUGCCCUGGGAACUACUAGGUUGGGCAGUUCCCUUUCAGCAUUAGGUGGCGCCAGAGCCCUUUUGAUGACGUCAUAUCUUUGUGAAGCUGGGUUUUUAGCAAUUGCUAAAUACUGGGCAAAAAUCAGUGUAGAGCAAGAGAUAAGAGUGGUGCUGGGGUGUGGAUAAGGCCAAGAAGAGUUAGAGAAUACUUUAUAAAGAGGGGACAUUUGAACUGGGUCUUAAAAAUGAAUAGAAGUUUGCUGGAAAGGCGGGCAUGGGAAGAAAAGGAAUUUUGAGGAAUCUCUUGUGGCUGGAGCAUAAAUGUUGAGGACGGGGGACCUUGGGUGUCUAACCUGUUAUCACGUGGGCAGUGAGAACCAGUAUUUGGAUGAAGGAUUGGGGGCUAAAGUAGUUGGUGUAUAAUUCAAAGUAUAACUUAUGGUAGAGGGUUAGUCCAGAACAUUCCAGGACAGCCCCUCGUCCAGUCUCAGUGCCCAGAAGCAGAGGGAGUCCUUAGAAGGUGGCUGGCUUGGUAAGCAUGAACUUGGAGCAGAGGGAAGUGAAAUGCUUUGAGUGUUGUUCUCCUUAGGCCUCUCUAGUGACUCUUCUGGCUGCCAGAUUCAGGUCUGCGCCUGCUCUUGCGUGUUUCAUUCAAGGUGAGCAAACCCCGUCCUUGUGCUUCUCAUCAGACACGAUGCAGCUGAUGGGGUUCCAGCUUUGUGAAUUUAGUCACCACAGGCCUGUCUCCCUGAGAUUUCAUCAGGUCAUCUUGAUGAGGGUGGUGGAAGUUCAGAACCUCUUAGCCUUGCACCUGUAGACCAUUUUGGUUUCUACCCAGCAGUGACUAAUUAGAUCCAUUAUGAGACGAUUAUUGGUUUGACUGUAAGGGAACAACCUUCUAUCUCUUUUCAAGUUCUUUUUUUUUCUUUUUUUUUUUUUUUUUUCUUUUUAUCGAGGUCUUUGAGGGCACUUCCCUGCAGUGGAGGGUCCUAAGGCAGUUUGGUUCAGUUUAACAAACAAUUAUUGAGAGCCAUCGGGUCCAGGGUGAUAGGGGAAUGCUACCUGCCUGAGAGAUGCUUAUAAUCUACGGGGAAGACAAACCCCAGUGGGUCAUUUCAUUGCAUUAUGAGAUUUGCAGUGAUGGAGGGAUUAUGGAAGCACAGAGUGGGGCUCACCAGUCUGGCUAGUGAGGCUGUGGAAAGGCUUCUUGGAAGAAGCAGUGCCUGAGCUGAGUCUUCAGAUAGCAGUUUGUCUUGUGGGGAGGGCAUCCCAAGCAGAGAUACAAAGACCCCAAGUAGUGGAGCACAUAUGCUGGGUGAUAGGGGGGCUGCUGGGGAGUCAGCUACUGAUGUGGAGGAAGAAAGGAAGGUGGAAACGUCAUAAAACUCUUUGUAAGCCAUCCUGCUGAAUUUGGAUAUCAUUCUGAGAACAAGAGGGUAUGAAGAUUAGAUUUCCAAAUUAGAAAGAGCACCCUGAUCAUAGUAUGGCUGGGUAGGAGAGAAGGGCUGGUGACCCAUGGAACACUUGGAUACAUACUACAAAGGACAGGCCUGAGCUAGGGCAGUGGGCGUAGGGAUGGAGAAAAGGGGCAAGAUUUAAGAACUGUUUGUUCAGGAGGUAAAAUAACCUGUACAUGGGCUUCCCUGGUGGUGCAGUGGUUGGGGGUCCGCCUGCCGAUGCAGCGGACACGGGUUCGUGCCCCGGUCCGGGAAGAUCCCACAUGCCGCGGAGCGGCUGGGCCCGUGAGCCAUGGCCGCUGAGCCUGCGCGUCCGGAGCCUGUGCUGUGCAACGGGAGAGGCCACAACAGGCCCGCGUACCGCAAAAAAUAACCUGUAUUUGGUGAAUGAUUGGAUAAUAACAGCUGUCAUAUAUUGAACACCUAUUCCAUCUUGGGUUUCAGCAGGUUAAUUAAAUCCUUAAUGGUUAUAUAGAUGAUAAGUGAUAGAGCUAGAAUUGCAAAUUAGAGGUCUCUGACUCCAGGCCAUGCUUGUUCCACUGCUUUAUGACCGUGGGUAAGGAAGGGUAAGUGUUGGUUUCUGACUUGAGUUCCACUACCUUAGAUGGGGACUGAAGGAAAAGGAGAGAUUUUUGUGGAGAAGGGAGUUUGCUUUUAGACAUGUUGGAUUUGAUUUAUCAGGGGGAUAUCUACAGGGGGUUCAGUAGGUGGUUCAGUAUGUUAAUCCGAAGUCCAGAAGAAAGGUGAGGCCUGGAGGGUAGAGAUUUGUUGUGAGUAAAUAGUGAGAAUCAUGGUAUAGCAUUUGGGUGUGAUGAGAAGUGUGGAUGCGCUAAAACCUUGGGGAGUGGCAGUGUUUAAGGAGCAGACCAAGGCACCCCUUCCCCUUUGGAGCCGUAAGUUUGUUUUCUCUGUCUGUGAGUCUGUUUUUGUUUUGUAAAUAAGUUCAUUUGUAUCAUGUUUUAGAUUCCACAUGUAAGUGAUGUUAUAUGAUACUUAUCUUUGACUUCACUUAGUAUCAUAAUCCCUAGGUUCAUCCAUGUUGCUGCAAAUGGCAUUAUUUCGCUCUAUUUUGUGGCUGAGUGGUAUUCUGUUGUAUAUAUGUACCACAUCUCCUUUAUCCAUUCAUCUGUCAAUGGGCAUUUAGGUUGCUUCCAUGUCUUGGCUAUUGUAAAUAGUGCUGCUUCAAAUCCUAGAGUUGAAGUAAUUGUUUCUGCUGCAGUAUAGUAGAAUGGGAUGAGCAUGUGUUUGGGAUCGCAGGGGGGUGGGUUUGACGUCUGCAGGCUCCUUGAGAUUGAGGCCUUGGGCAGUCACUUUACACAGCCUCAGGUUUCUCAUGUCUAAGAGACAGGAAUUCACUCCUAGACGGUUAGUGGUUAGGGUAAGAGGAACAGGUACGUUUGGUACCUGGCAUGAAGUUGACUCUCAAAUAGAAGCUUUUAUUAAAUUCUUCUAAGGUCUUCCCUCUGGAAGUUUAGCGGACCAAAGCUUAACUAAUUUUAAAGUUAUUGGUUUUCAGUGUGUGAAAAGAUGCCAAAGGUUUCCUUGAACAGCCUUUAGCUCAGAGCAGAAAUCUCUUCUCCAAGUUGUACCUACUUCUGAGCCCGUCCUUCCCUCCCUUUCCUCCACUGAAUUGGUCCCACUGAGUCCUGGCUCCACCUUGCCCAGGAUUCCGGCCCUUGGCUCUGCCUCCAUCUCUUGAGGCUCCAGGGUUCACUUCUGCUCCAGAUAAUUUUCAACAACCUCUGCUCUAGCGCCCCCCUCUCCUGUUCUGUCCUAAAAUAUCUGAACAUGGAAGGGUUCAGGUUGACCCAGGCCCUUGAGAAGGAGGAGGUGACAAGGAUGGGGGCAAAGAGUGCCUAACUUUAGGAGCAUGUCUUGGGCAGAGCACUUGGGCUGUCAUGAUGAGGGUGCCUUACAGGGAGGUUCUGGCCUUGAUUUCAGCUUUGGGAAAGAAACAAGGCAUUGAAUUUUUCCCUCUUGAAACAACUUUUAUUUCUUUUGCUGUUAAAUUCUGUAGAUGACAGUGACCUAGAAUUCAACCCAGUAGGAUAUCCAGGGUUCAAGUCCUAGAGAAACGAAUGUCUGUGACAGAGGGCGGCAUCAAAUACCCAGAGACCACCGAGGGAGGCCGCCCCAAGCUUGGGGGGCUGAUGGAUCCGAGGCAGGGGGUGAUUGAGAGGACUGGCCGCUGCCAAACCUGUGCAGGAAACAUGACAGAGUGUCCUGGCCACUUUGGCCACAUUGAGCUGGCCAAACCUGUGUUCCAUGUCGGCUUCCUGGUCAAGACAAUGAAAGUUUUGCGCUGCGUCUGCUUCUUCUGCUCCAAAUUGCUUGUGGACUCUAACAACCCAAAGAUCAAGGACAUUUUGGCUAAGUCCAAGGGGCAGCCCAAGAAGCGGCUUACACACGUCUAUGACCUCUGCAAGGGCAAAAACAUCUGCGAGGGCGGGGAGGAGAUGGACAACAAGUUCGGUGUGGAGCAGCCUGAGGGCGAUGAGGAUUUGACCAAAGAAAAGGGCCACGGCGGCUGUGGGCGGUACCAGCCCCGGAUCCGGCGCUCCGGCCUGGAGCUGUACGCAGAGUGGAAGCACGUCAACGAGGACUCUCAGGAGAAGAAGAUCCUGCUGAGUCCUGAGCGGGUGCACGAGAUCUUCAAACGCAUCUCAGAUGAGGAGUGCUUCGUCCUGGGCAUGGAGCCUCGCUACGCCCGGCCCGAGUGGAUGAUUGUCACUGUGCUGCCUGUGCCCCCGCUCUCCGUGCGGCCUGCUGUUGUGAUGCAGGGCUCUGCCCGCAACCAGGAUGACCUGACACACAAACUGGCCGACAUCGUGAAGAUCAACAAUCAGCUUCGGCGCAACGAGCAGAACGGCGCGGCCGCGCAUGUCAUCGCUGAGGACGUGAAGCUCCUCCAGUUCCACGUGGCCACCAUGGUGGACAACGAGCUGCCUGGCUUGCCUCGUGCCAUGCAGAAGUCUGGGCGUCCCCUCAAGUCCCUGAAGCAGCGGUUGAAGGGCAAGGAAGGCCGUGUGCGCGGGAACCUGAUGGGCAAGCGGGUGGACUUCUCGGCCCGCACUGUCAUCACCCCCGACCCCAACCUCUCCAUUGACCAGGUUGGCGUGCCUCGCUCCAUUGCCGCCAAUAUGACCUUUGCGGAGAUCGUCACCCCCUUCAACAUUGACAGACUUCAGGAACUAGUGCGCAGGGGGAACAGCCAGUACCCAGGGGCCAAGUACAUCAUCCGGGACAACGGUGAUCGCAUUGACCUGCGUUUCCACCCCAAACCCAGUGACCUUCACCUGCAGACUGGCUAUAAGGUGGAACGGCACAUGUGCGAUGGGGACAUUGUUAUCUUCAACCGGCAGCCAACUUUGCACAAAAUGUCCAUGAUGGGACAUCGGGUUCGCAUCCUGCCCUGGUCUACUUUUCGCUUGAAUCUGAGUGUGACAACUCCAUACAAUGCCGAUUUUGAUGGGGAUGAGAUGAACUUGCACCUGCCACAGUCCCUGGAGACGCGGGCUGAGAUCCAGGAGCUCGCCAUGGUGCCACGCAUGAUCGUCACCCCCCAGAGCAAUCGCCCAGUUAUGGGCAUUGUGCAGGACACGCUGACCGCAGUGCGCAAAUUCACCAAGAGGGACGUUUUCCUGGAGCGGGGCGAGGUGAUGAACCUCCUGAUGUUCCUGUCCACGUGGGACGGCAAGGUCCCACAGCCAGCCAUCCUGAAGCCCCGGCCCCUGUGGACAGGGAAGCAGAUCUUCUCCCUCAUCAUACCCGGCCACAUCAACUGUAUCCGCACUCACAGCACCCAUCCCGAUGAUGAGGAUAGUGGUCCUUACAAGCACAUCUCUCCUGGGGACACCAAGGUGGUGGUGGAGAACGGGGAGCUGAUCAUGGGCAUCCUGUGUAAAAAGUCUUUGGGCACAUCAGCUGGCUCCCUGGUCCACAUCUCUUACCUAGAGAUGGGUCAUGACAUCACCCGCCUCUUCUACUCCAACAUUCAGACUGUCAUUAACAACUGGCUCCUCAUUGAGGGUCAUACCAUUGGCAUUGGGGACUCCAUUGCUGAUUCUAAGACUUACCAAGACAUUCAGAACACUAUUAAGAAGGCCAAGCAGGAUGUAAUAGAGGUCAUUGAGAAGGCGCAUAACAACGAGCUGGAGCCCACCCCGGGGAACACUUUGCGGCAGACCUUUGAGAACCAGGUGAACCGCAUUCUCAACGAUGCCCGAGACAAGACUGGCUCCUCUGCCCAGAAAUCCCUGUCUGAAUACAACAACUUUAAGUCAAUGGUGGUGUCCGGGGCUAAAGGUUCCAAGAUCAACAUCUCCCAGGUCAUUGCUGUCGUCGGGCAGCAGAACGUGGAGGGCAAGCGGAUCCCGUUUGGGUUCAAGCACCGGACUCUGCCUCACUUCAUCAAAGAUGACUAUGGGCCUGAGAGCCGUGGCUUCGUGGAGAACUCCUACCUGGCCGGCCUCACGCCCACCGAGUUCUUCUUCCAUGCCAUGGGGGGUCGUGAGGGGCUCAUCGACACAGCUGUCAAGACUGCUGAGACUGGAUACAUCCAGCGGCGGCUGAUCAAAUCCAUGGAGUCGGUGAUGGUGAAGUAUGACGCCACCGUGCGAAACUCCAUCAAUCAGGUGGUACAGCUGCGCUAUGGUGAAGAUGGCCUGGCGGGCGAGAGCGUUGAGUUCCAGAACCUGGCUACCCUCAAGCCUUCCAACAAGGCUUUCGAGAAGAAGUUCCGCUUUGAUUAUACCAAUGAGAGGGCCCUGCGGCGCACCCUGCAGGAGGAUGUGGUGAAGGACGUGCUGAGCAAUGCACACAUUCAGAACGAGCUGGAGCGAGAAUUUGAGCGGAUGCGUGAGGACAGGGAGGUGCUCAGGGUCAUCUUCCCAACUGGUGACAGCAAGGUUGUCCUCCCCUGUAACCUGCUGCGCAUGAUCUGGAACGCUCAGAAGAUCUUCCACAUCAACCCUCGCCUUCCCUCUGACCUGCACCCCAUCAAGGUGGUAGAGGGUGUCAAGGAGCUGAGCAAGAAGCUGGUGAUUGUGAAUGGGGACGACCCACUGAGCCGGCAGGCCCAGGAGAACGCCACCCUGCUCUUCAACAUCCACCUGCGGUCCACGCUGUGCUCCCGCCGCAUGGCCGAGGAGUUUCGGCUCAGCGGAGAGGCCUUCGACUGGCUGCUCGGAGAGAUCGAGUCCAAGUUCAACCAAGCCAUUGCCCAUCCUGGGGAAAUGGUGGGAGCUCUGGCUGCACAGUCCCUUGGAGAACCUGCCACCCAGAUGACUCUGAACACCUUCCACUAUGCUGGUGUGUCCGCCAAGAAUGUGACACUGGGUGUGCCCCGACUUAAGGAGCUCAUCAACAUUUCCAAGAAGCCAAAGACCCCCUCACUUACUGUCUUCCUGCUGGGCCAGUCUGCUCGAGAUGCUGAGAGAGCCAAGGAUAUUCUGUGCCGCCUGGAACAUACAACGCUGAGGAAGGUGACUGCCAACACGGCCAUCUACUAUGACCCCAACCCCCAGAGCACGGUGGUGGCAGAGGAUCAGGAGUGGGUGAAUGUCUACUAUGAGAUGCCUGACUUUGAUGUGGCCCGAAUCUCCCCCUGGCUUUUGCGGGUGGAGCUGGACCGGAAGCACAUGACUGAUCGGAAGCUGACCAUGGAGCAGAUUGCCGAGAAGAUCAAUGCUGGUUUCGGUGAUGACUUGAACUGCAUCUUUAACGAUGAUAAUGCAGAGAAGCUGGUGCUCCGUAUCCGCAUCAUGAACAGUGAUGAAAACAAGAUGCAAGAGGAAGAAGAGGUGGUGGACAAGAUGGAUGACGACGUCUUCCUGCGCUGCAUCGAGUCCAACAUGCUGACAGAUAUGACCCUGCAGGGCAUCGAGCAGAUCAGCAAGGUGUACAUGCACUUGCCGCAGACGGACAACAAGAAGAAGAUCAUCAUCACAGAGGACGGGGAGUUCAAGGCCUUGCAGGAGUGGAUCCUGGAGACGGAUGGCGUGAGCCUCAUGCGGGUGCUGAGCGAGAAGGACGUGGACCCUGUGCGCACCACGUCCAAUGACAUCGUGGAGAUCUUCACGGUGCUGGGCAUAGAAGCCGUGCGGAAGGCCCUGGAGCGGGAGCUGUACCACGUCAUCUCCUUCGAUGGUUCCUACGUCAAUUACCGGCACUUGGCUCUCCUGUGUGAUACCAUGACCUGUCGUGGCCACUUGAUGGCCAUCACCCGACACGGAGUCAACCGCCAGGAUACCGGACCUCUCAUGAAGUGCUCCUUUGAGGAAACGGUGGAUGUGCUUAUGGAAGCAGCUGCACAUGGAGAGAGUGACCCCAUGAAGGGGGUGUCUGAGAACAUCAUGCUGGGCCAGCUGGCUCCAGCCGGCACUGGCUGUUUUGACCUCCUGCUCGAUGCAGAGAAGUGCAAGUAUGGCAUGGAGAUCCCCACCAACAUCCCCGGCUUGGGGGCUGCCGGACCCACCGGCAUGUUCUUCGGCUCGGCCCCCAGUCCCAUGGGAGGAAUUUCUCCAGCCAUGACACCCUGGAACCAGGGCGCAACCCCAGCCUACGGUGCCUGGUCCCCCAGUGUUGGGAGCGGGAUGACCCCGGGGGCAGCAGGCUUCUCUCCCAGUGCUGCUUCAGAUGCCAGUGGCUUCAGCCCUGGUUACUCCCCGGCCUGGUCUCCCACGCCGGGUUCCCCAGGCUCCCCUGGCCCCUCAAGCCCGUAUAUUCCCUCACCAGGGGGUGCCAUGUCUCCCAGCUACUCCCCGACGUCGCCUGCCUACGAGCCCCGCUCCCCUGGGGGCUACACGCCCCAGAGUCCCUCUUACUCCCCCACUUCACCCUCCUACUCCCCUACGUCUCCAUCCUAUUCUCCAACCAGCCCCAACUACAGCCCCACGUCGCCCAGCUACUCCCCGACCUCGCCCAGCUACUCCCCGACCUCACCCAGCUACUCCCCGACCUCACCCAGCUACUCCCCGACCUCGCCUAGCUACUCCCCGACCUCACCCAGCUACUCGCCCACUUCCCCAAGCUACUCGCCCACAUCACCCAGUUACUCGCCAACCUCUCCCAGCUAUUCGCCCACCUCUCCCAGUUACUCGCCAACUUCACCCAGCUACUCGCCCACCUCACCUAGCUACUCUCCGACAUCUCCAAGCUAUUCACCGACGUCACCAAGCUACUCACCAACUUCCCCAAGUUACUCACCCACCAGCCCUAACUAUUCUCCAACCAGUCCCAAUUACACACCGACGUCACCCAGCUAUAGCCCAACAUCCCCCAGCUACUCACCUACUAGUCCCAACUACACACCAACGAGCCCCAACUACAGCCCAACCUCUCCAAGCUACUCUCCGACCUCACCCAGCUACUCCCCGACCUCACCAAGCUACUCCCCUUCGAGUCCACGAUACACACCACAGUCUCCCACCUAUACCCCGAGCUCACCCAGCUACAGCCCCAGCUCGCCCAGCUACAGCCCGACUUCACCGAAGUACACCCCAACCAGUCCUUCCUACAGCCCCAGCUCACCGGAGUACACCCCGACCUCUCCCAAGUACUCACCUACCAGCCCGAAAUAUUCGCCCACCUCCCCCAAGUACUCUCCGACCAGCCCCACCUACUCGCCCACCACUCCAAAAUACUCGCCGACGUCUCCUACUUACUCACCAACCUCUCCGGUCUACACCCCAACCUCCCCCAAGUACUCACCCACCAGCCCCACCUACUCGCCCACCUCCCCCAAGUACUCACCCACCAGCCCCACCUACUCGCCCACUUCCCCCAAAGGCUCGACCUACUCGCCCACCUCCCCUGGCUACUCGCCCACCAGCCCCACCUAUAGCCUCACCAGCCCAGCCAUCAGUCCCGAUGACAGUGAUGAGGAGAACUGAGGGUGCGCAGUGCGCAGUGGCAGCCGGCUAGGGGAAGAGCGGCUUCAGGGUGUUGUGCAGUCCUCCCUCCCCUGAGGGGCGCGGGCCCCGGUCCAGCUCCCUUGUACAUAGCUCCUUGUGACAAAGUUCCCUGUUGAGGUUCUGGUCCCAUUUCUGCCGGGGCUUUUGUCUUGUUCUCCACUUGUGCCGUCUCAGAACCCACUCACCUGCAGUGGUGUUCUCCUUCUCGCCCUACCUACCCGAGGCCUGUCCCCAAAUCCAGGAUCCUCCUUGCCUAUGGCUUGAUUCGGGAGGUAAAGGGUAUUUUAACUUUUGGGGGGUAGUUCCUGCUCUGGGUCGUCACAUCUGAUUCUCCGGAAGAACAAAGUGAAAGCUGCCUUUUGUUUGUUACUUUUUGAAUUUGAAAUAAAGUUUACUAAUUUUGACCAGAA